AUGAGAGGGAUUAAGCUGUUUGGAAUCCGUGGGAAGCUAAGUCCCCGGUACCUUGGACCGUUCGAAAUACUGGAACGGGUCGGCGCGGUGGCAUACCGAGUAGCAUUACCACCAAGACUUGCAGGAGUGCACGAUGUGUUCCACGUGUCGAAUCUCCGCAAGUAUGUUCACGACCCCGAUCAUGUUCUCUCGUUUGAACCGUCCAAGAUUCAAGAGGACAUGACCUAUAAGGAGUUUCCGGCGUACAUCAUCGAUCGAGAAGUAAGAAAACUACGAAAUCGUAAGAUUCCGUACGUAAAGAUUCGUUGGUGUAACCACGACGACCGGGAAGCUACUUGGGGGCUCGAGAGCGCAAUGCGGGAGCAUUACCCUCAUCUCUUCGACGAGCUGAACUAA